UAUGUAAAAUAAUAACAAUAAUAAUCUAAACUUCGAAUUCAGUAAGGACACUAACAAUUUAAAUAAGAAGUUGUAAGGAUUUUAUAGAUAAAAAGAUUAGAAAUUUGAUCAUUUCUUUGAUGAGCUCACUACAGAAUACAAAUUAUUUAAAGUAUUCAAGGCUAUACAAUAAUUAUUAGAAAAUGACACAUGAAUGUUAAAUGGUUUGUUUCGGCAAUGCAAGUUUCAAUCGAAAAUAAUCUGAUGCUUGUGCCAGAUAAUGCUUAGAUCCAUAUUUAUAUAUAAGAAAAUCCAUAGGAGAUAAAAUAGGAUAAUGUGAUGUAAUUGUUAAUUCUAAUUGAAGCAACAAUUUUAACAAUAAGAAUCAAAAUGUAUGAGCUCAACUGAUAUGGAUUGUAAUAAUAUAUAAAAUUAUUUAAGAAUGUUAUUCAAAUUUAGUAAGUUAAUUAGGAGUUUGUCUUUAAUAAAAUACAUAAUUUGCAAAAGAUUAGUACAAAAGUGUGUUGUCACAUUUUUUAAAAAAAUGAA